AUGCUGAAGGAGCUCCAGCAUUCCCUGUUGGUCGUCCUGUUGCUUGUCUGUGUCUUCUUCUACCAGCUGAAUGUGAAGUCCCGCUGUCUCUUCUCCUGCCUUCCUCCCCAAAAGUCCCAGCAGGACCUGGAAACCCUCCUGGGCCAUGGGCGCGGCAUUGUGUUCAUAGAGACCUCGGAGAGAAUGGAGCCAACUCCGCUGGUCUCUUGUGCUGUGGAGUCUGCUGCCAAGAUUUACCCUGGGCAACCCGUGGCAUUCUUCAUGAAGGGUCUCUAUGAUACCACACGGCUGCCCUCAAACAGCACUUACCCAGGCUUUUCCCUCCUCUCAGCAAUAGACAAUGUUUUCUUCUUCCCUUUGGAUAUGAAAAGGCUGUUUGAAGACACACCGUUGCUUUCAUGGUUCACUCGCAUCAACGCCAGCAUGGAGAGAAACUGGCUCCACGUCAGCUCAGAUGCGUCCCGCCUGGCCAUCAUCUGGAAGUAUGGCGGCAUCUACAUGGAUACUGAUGUCAUCUCCAUCAGGCCCAUCCCCGAGGAGAACUUUCUGGCUGCACAGUCUUCUCGGUACUCUAGUAACGGGGUGUUCGGGUUCCUCCCCCACCACCCCUUCCUGUGGGAGUGCAUGGAAAACUUUGUUGAACACUACAGUUCAGAAAUUUGGGGCAAUCAGGGUCCCAGUUUGAUGACGAGGAUGUUGAGACUGUGGUGCAAACUUGGAGACUUCCAGGAAGUGAGUGAUCUCAGGUGUUCGAACUUGUCCUUCCUACACCCCCAGAGAUUUUACCCCAUCUCCUAUCCAGAGUGGAGGCGCUACUAUGAAGUCUGGGACAGAGACCUGGGCUUCAAUGACUCCUAUGCCCUGCAUCUGUGGAACUACAUGAACAAGGAAGGAAGGACUGUGGUCAGAGGAAGCAACACGCUGGUGGAGAACCUCUGCCGUAAGCACUGUCCUAGGACUUACAGGGACCUGAUUCAAGGCCCAGAGGGCUCGGGCACUGGGACGCUGGGUCCAGGUAACAAAUAG